AUGGGGACAUUCCAUACCAUAUGUAAUGCCUUAGCCAUCCUAGGAAAGCGAUUUCGGGAUGCUGGUCUAAAGGAUGUAUGCAUAGAGGCUGGAAUUGUCGCAGAGGGGUCCAUCAAUGGAGUCCUUGAUGGCAAACACUACAAUCGUGCUGUCAGGGUCCACAAGUACAUCUAUGAAGCACUGAUGAGACUGGCAUGGGCAGAGUUCACACCGUGGGUUGAGGACAACAUUCCAGAGAGGGAUGGGAUGAUCAAAUCAUUCUUAGACCAUGUGAACGACAUGGCCAGUGACUUGAACCAACAGAAGUUGAACAAUCUGCUGCAAAGUCCACUCUUAACUGAGCUGAUAACCCUGUGGACAGACUUUCUGGAACACCUCCGUCACAACAAUGGAGAGCUAUCCGCAUUCUGGAUAUCAUACUAUGCUGCCAGUACAGUGACUCUCCCAGAAACCUUGCUGUUUAUAUCUACACUUGAUGGGAACCUGCAUGCUGUUAGCAAACGGACUGGGGAGAUCAAAUGGACCUUAAAAGAAGAUCCAAUCAUUCAGGUUCCAGUCUACCUGGCCAAACCAGCAUUUCUUCCAGAUCCAACUGAUGGAAGUCUCUAUGUCAUGGGAGGGGCAGCUAAAGAGGGGCUAAUGAAACUCCCUUUCACCAUCCCUGAGCUGGUUCAUUCCUCUCCUUGUCGGAGCUCUGAUGGAAUACUGUACACAGGUAAGAAACAGGACCUGUGGUUUGUAGUAGAUCCUGCAACUGGAGAAAAGCAAACCACAUUGACUACAGAUAUGUCAGGGAACAUCUGUCCAUCUGCUCCUCUCCUGUACAUUGGGCGAACAGAGUAUAUGAUCACCAUGUACGAUACCAAGACACGUGAAAUGUACUGGAAUGCAACAUACUAUGACUACUCUGCUCCUUUAUGCAAUGAAAAUACAGACUAUAAGAUGGCUCAUUUUGCAUCAAAUGGCGAUGGUUUGGUGGUGACUGUAGACAGAGCAUCAGGUGAUGUCCUUUGGAUGCAGAAUUAUGGAUCUCCUGUGGUAGGAAUGUUCAUUUGGCAACAAGACAGCCUUCACCAGAUACCUCACCUCAAUGUUGCCAUGGAAACAUUGCGAUACCUCACCUUUAACUCUCAGGACAUCCGGAUGAUAAAAUGGAACUACCAGUUUGCAAAAGAGCCAUCCACUACAAAGACCCAAUUGGUUCCCACACUUUAUGUUGGGAAACAUGCAUCUGCCUUCUAUGCCUCAACAUCACUCGUCCAUGAAGGAGUUGCUGUAGUGCCUCGUGGAAUCCCCAUGUCAGUGGUCGUACAUGUCAGUGGUCCCACAACUGAUGAUGUCACUGUGCAAGAGCAAGGCGCUUGUGAAAGAACUCCAAGCACUCGAGUCAAAUAUCCCCCGGGGAGUAUUCUUGCAUCUGGUAACGUCGAGAACCAAUGGCUGAUCAUAGGUCAUCAUGAACUCCCCCCAGUUGCACACACUACGAUCCUGAGGACAUUUCCAGAACCCGUGAAGAAAAAUAACGAGGCUGUCAUCACAACAAAGACCAACACCAGAACUAUUGAUGAAUUUAUGUCGCAGAAUAACCAGAUGCAAUCAAAAGAUUUUGUUGAAAAUUAUCGGAUAGACAAUGAAGUGAAGCAAGAGGCUACAACAGAGACUGUGCCUGAAUUUGGAAACCAGGAUAUUCUGACUGCAGUCAUACUUGGUUUACUAGUAGGAUGCUGGGUGGUGUUUCUAAUCAUGUAUCCAAAGAAGAUGCAUCGGCAGCAGAAAUUACAACAGGAGCAACUGGAACAACACCUGGAGGAGAAGUUUCAGCUGCUUCAGCAGCAACCACCGCGCUCUGCUGACCAGAUCAAGUUGGACUCUCCAGAACUCUCCAGUGAGGUAUCUCAAACCUCCCUAAAAGAAGCCCAGGGACCCAGCCCACCAAGUCAUGACAGCAGUACCCAAUCCUCAGAGCAACCUCCUGGCUACAGUUUAUUCAAUGGUACUGUCUGUUAUGAUGAAAUAGUGGCUGAUGCUGGAACCAACUUGGUUACAAUAGGAAAGAUUUCCUUCAAUCCAAAAGAUGUACUAGGUCAUGGAGCCGGGGGAACAUUUGUAUUUCGGGGGACCUUUGAUAACCGUAAUGUUGCUGUGAAAAGGAUUCUCCCUGAAUGUUUCAAUUUUGCCAACCGUGAAGUUCAGCUCCUUCGGGAAUCUGAUGAGCAUCCUAAUGUCAUUCGCUAUUUCUGUACUGAAAGGGAUAAGCAGUUUUAUUAUAUUGCAAUCGAGCUGUGUGCAGCUACCCUGCAAGAGUAUGUGGAAGAUUGUAAAUUUGACCAUGUUAAUCUGGAUCGAGUCACGGCACUCUUUCAGACCAUGUCUGGCCUAGCUCAUCUCCAUUCCCUUAAUAUUGUCCAUCGUGACUUGAAACCACGCAACAUCCUCAUCUCCCUGCCAAACUCUCAUGGAAAUGUAAGGGCAGUGCUCUCGGAUUUUGGCCUGUGUAAGAAACUGUCUGCUGGACAUCACAGUUUCAGCCUACACUCUGGUAUACCUGGAACAGAGGGCUGGAUUGCACCUGAGGUUUUACAAGAGGAUCCUAAAGACAAGCCUACGUAUGCAAUCGACAUUUUCUCAGCUGGCUGUGUCUUUUACUACGUUGUUUCUGAAGGAAAACAUCCAUUUGGAGAAUCAUUCAGGCGACAGAGUAAUAUCUCAUUAGGGCGGUACACAUUAGAACAUUUUGAACAAGAGAUACAUGAGAAUAUUGUGGGUAAACACCUAAUCGAACAAAUGAUCAGUGACAAUCCACAGCAACGACCCUCUACUCAGUGUGUCCUGAAACACCCCUUUUUCUGGACUAAAGAAAAGCAGCUUCAGUUCUUUCAGGAUGUGAGUGAUCGGAUAGAAAAGGAACCAUUGGAAGGGCAAAUCAUUUGUAGGUUGGAGUCCGGUGGAAGAACAGUGGUAAGAACAAACUGGAGGAUGCAUAUCUCCAUUCCCUUACAGACAGACUUGAGAAAAUUUCGGACAUACAAAGGAAACUCUGUGCGUGAUCUUCUCCGAGCCAUGAGAAAUAAGAAACAUCACUACCACGAACUACCACUGGAGGUACAAGAGACACUGGGAGAGAUACCAGACCAGUUUGUGCAGUACUUCACAUCCAGAUUCCCAAAACUGCUGCUGCAUACGUAUGAAGCAAUGCAGGUAUGCAGCCAUGAAAGGCUCUUUCACUUGUAUUACCAUCAGGAAGUUGGAGACUUGAAUAUCAAAUGUGCCAAACUGGAAACAUAGCAAGCAAGCUUCAGUCAGUACACGUAUGCUUGUGGUAAUACAUGGAACUGAAGGACGUGUUCUUCAGGCUGAAGUGCUUCACAUAGAAUAGAGCGAGCAAGAUGAUAUUUUUGGAGGACAAAGAGGUCUGAUGACCUGUUCACAAUCAUAAACCGUCCACCAAUGGAUUGUCUCACUAACUCUACACUGAAAACAAUUUAUCAGGAAGAUUAGAUGGGAUAAAAAUUGUGAAUGUGAUCAUAAGAUUGUCAAGUGGACUGUCCAGCAAGGAGGUGGAGCAGAACAACACAGAAGGAAGAGCCAGUCUGUAGCACUAUUCCAUCUUCUAAUCAUCAGACCAAAGCUAGAGAGUUGCUUUACAGAAGAGUGAACUGUGUGCUGGAGCCAUAAACACAGGAAACUGAACAGGUGAAAAAUGGAAAAUGUUCCGUUCUACAGAUGAAGUUUGUGCCAUACCAACACCACUGACUGAUGCCACACGUAAUAGUUAUAACACUGGCUAAUGUUUACUGUAUAGUAUUAGUGUAAAAUGACCUUAUAUGUGACAAAAUAAUUUUUAUUUGGAUUAUGUUUUAGGUUAAAUACUUUUAAAAAUGUAUUUUUAUAUCCAGAUUAGUUUUUUCUUCCUUACAAGGUUAAUGUGUACUGAUCACCGAUAUCCUUUUGCAAUGCUUUAAUUUCCUUCUUAUGCAACUGUUAAUAGCUGAGUUACUUUGAAAAAGGAGUCAGUGAAUAGAAAUGGAAACCACAGGGCUGAGCUCUUCACCAAUCAGAUAAUGGAACCAAGCAUUUGGGUUGUAACUGACCAAUUGCAGCCUAGUUUUCUGAAAGAUAUUUUUAUGGCUCACCCUGAAUUAUGUUGUGGAUUUGAAAUUAAUGCUGCAUAAAUUGGAGUGGGCAUUCUUGUGCUCAAAGUCAGGUGGCAGCCAGAACUUGAUUACUUUACUCUUGGAACAGGCAUGAUGCAUUUGAUUUGUGAUAUGCUGCAUGGUGUUAGAGAUAGGAUAAUCUUAAUAUUUUUACAAUGAAAAUCAAACUGCCAAAGAUUUGGGAAUGGGUGAAAAAUUGGUUACUGUAACUUUAAGGAAUAGAUACAAUAAGAGAUAGUGGUUUAUAAAGACUUUUCUGCUGUGCAGUAUUGGACUAGGCUAUGAUUGUUUCCAAACUGAAUAAAAUGUUUAUUUAAUGUGUUUUCUGACAACUUGAGCUAUUUGUGACUAUUCUCCAACAGCAUUUCUGGGGUAGUGCAUUUCCUUAAAAAAAAAGGAAGGGAAGGGGGAGAAGAACAGGAAUAGUUGUGAUUUUCUCUCCUUGAUAUUGCAGUCGUACCAUAAAUACCAAAGUUUAUUUGCAGUUACAUCCUUUAACCCAGUAUUAAACCAAGCAUGCAUCACCUUCAAUCUAGUUAAUCUAUUUGCUAGAAUUAAACAUUAACUUGUAAGACUAUUUUAUUUCCAGCCUUUAAAAUUUCCCAUAAAAGUAGAACAGGGAUUUCCUACACAACACACUGGAGGAACUCAGCAGGUCGGGCAGCAUCCGUGGAAACGAUCAGUUAACAUUUGGGGCCGAGACCAUUUGUCAGGACUCAGUGUGUUGCUUUGACCCCAGCAUCUGCAGAGUAUUUUGUGUUUACAGGGAUUUCCUAGGCUCUUAGCACAGAGGCUUCAUUUACAUUUAAAUAGGGGGUAGAGGUAGAUGCACUGCAGCUUAGCAUAGUUCAAAGGUUGGAACAAAUGAAAAUUUUCCAGCUGCUCACUGGCUCGCAAAACCCAAUGGAACAUCACACAAUCCAAGGACUCCAUUAACAUUAAUUGAAUGGGACAGAAUGAAGAGUAGACAGUUAUUAAAUAGAGAAAAAUUGCACUUGCUGUUUGGUCAAUAGAAGUUACAGGGCUUUCUUUCAAAUCUCUUACUAGCUCUUCCUUCAGUUAGUCCUGACGAAGGGUCUCGGCCCAAAACCUCAACUGUACCUCUUCCUAG